AUGGGCUCGGUGUCCAACCAGCAGUUUGCAGCCCUGUCUCCAGGUGGCUGCGCCAAGGCCGCGGAGAAGGCGCCCGAGGAGGCGCCGGCUGACGCGGCGCGGGCGGCGGACGAGCCGCAGCUGCUGCACGGGGCCGGCAUCUGUAAGUGGUUCAACGUGCGCAUGGGGUUCGGCUUCCUGUCCAUGACCGCCCGCGCCGGGGUCGCGCUCGACCCCCCGGUGGACGUCUUUGUGCACCAGAGUAAGCUGCACAUGGAAGGUUUCCGGAGCCUCAAGGAGGGUGAGGCAGUGGAGUUCACCUUUAAGAAGUCUGCCAAGGGUCUGGAAUCCAUCCGCGUCACUGGCCCUGGUGGCGUGUUCUGUAUUGGGAGUGAACGACGGCCGAAGGGGAAGAACACGCAGAAACGAAGAUCCAAAGGAGACAGGUGCUACAACUGCGGUGGUCUAGACCAUCAUGCCAAGGAAUGCAAGCUGCCACCCCAGCCCAAGAAGUGCCACUUCUGCCAAAGCAUCAACCACAUGGUGGCCUCAUGCCCACUAAAGGCCCAGCAGGUCCCCAGUUCUCAGGGAAAGCCUGCCUACUUCCGGGAGGAAGAGGAAGAGAUCCACAGCCCCGCCCUGCUCCCAGAAGCCCAGAACUGAGGCACGGGAGUGGCAGCUAUUCUUUUGCUAUGGGGGAGUUUCAAUCGGCAGAGUGGAGAAAGUGGGGAUUGGGGUGGGCUGCGGGGAGCUUGCACUGUGUGUGUCUCAGGCCGGGGUUCCCGGUAUCACCCUGUCUUUCCUUGGAGUGGUGGAGGGGGGAAAGGGUGAGGCAACGGAACUCCUACUAAGCUCUAUCUAAACGCAAGUGAAGGCUUUUUCGGGGAGCCACCUUAGAACCUACAUCCUUUUUCUGAGGCUGUAACAUGCUUUUAGAAGUGGCUGGGGUAGGGAGGUUCUUUUGUAUGAGUCUGUAUGAUAUUUCCCUUGCCAGACAGGGUGUGAAACAAGUGUAAAACCAAGAUUAAUGAACCUACCCCCCCAAGCUAGUAUGUUCUGUGGGAGGAACUCUCAGGAGCAAGGCAAGGUUUUUUUCUGUUUGUUUUUGUUUUAUUUUGUUUUUUUGUUUUCCACAUCUUGCUUACUCAUAACCCAGUCCCGGGAUGCGGUGCUGCGAAUGGUCUCUAGCAAUGGGUUGUGAUGACAGGCAGAGGGUGGUUGGGGGACAACUGAGACCUGCUGGUCCUACCUCACUCCCAGCCCUUUCUGGGCCAAUGGGAUUUUAAUUUAUUUGCUCCUUUGGGUGACUGCACCUUGGGUCCCGCUUUCUCCAGGAUGCCAACUGCACUAUCCGUGUGCGAAUGACGUAUCUUGUGCAUUUUUUUUCUUAAUAUAAAUAUUCGGUUUGUAUUUUUGUAUAUUUUAAUCUAAGGCCCUCAUUCCUGCACUGUGUUCUCAGGUACAUGAGCAAAUCUCAGGGAUAAGUCCGUAGCAGCUCCAGGUCUGCACAGCAGGAAUACUUUUUGUUUUGAUCACCAUGGAGACCAACCAUUUGGAGUGCACAGCCUAUUGAACUACCUCAUUUUUGCCGAUUACAGCUGGCAUUUCUGCCAUGGAAUCCUUAAAAACCUCUGUCCACCUUGAGGAAUGUCUCACAGGUUUUAAUUGAGCUGCCCUAUGACUUGAUCUGGUUUUGGUAAAAGAUAGGAAAUCAGUCUAAACAGAAAAAGGUGGUACAGAGACAUCAAAAGGCUGGACCAGGUGAAGGGCACAAGAGUAAUUUUCCACACCAAACCCAUCCUUUGCCAGACUAGUCUAAGCCUGCCAUGCACAGAGGGUAUGAGCGUGUGUGUGUGUGUGUGUGUUUGUGUGUUGAGUUUUUUUUAAUGCAAAUUUAUGAGGAUGGGGUUUUUGUUUGUUUGAUUGCUUUUAGAUACUGGGGAUUGAACCUUGGGCCUCAUUUGUGUUAGGAAGUGUUCUGCCACUGAGUUAUCCUGGUGGGGAUGCAAUUUAAGAUCUAUAGAUGCCCUUAUUCCCACCCUGUGCUCUCCAGGUAUGGGUAUGUGAAAGAAGGAUUCAGAUCCUAAGCCAGUCACAAUCCUGGCUUCCAGAGAGACAAGCGUGGGCCUCUGUGGCAAGUGUCCUGCCCUGCUUCAGUGUAAUGGUUGAUAGCUAAAGAAAAAAAAGGGGGGGGUCGUUUACAUGCUGUGAGAUCACCACAAACCUACCUCACUGUGUUGAAACGGGACAAAUGCAAUAGAACACAAUGGGUGGUGUGUGUGUGUGUGUCUGAUCCUGUUUCUCGUUUCCCACAAAUGCUGCCCCCAACCCCUAGUUAAUGUAUUGUCUGGCCCUUGUAGGACUUCACUGUUUCUGAGUUGGUGAUUGCUAGGUGGCCUAGUUGUGUAAAUAUAAUGUGUUGGUCUUCAUGUUUUUUUUUGGGGGGGGUUAUUGUUUACAAAACUUUUUGUAUUGAGAGAAAAAUAGCCAAAGCAUCUUUGACAGAAAGUUCUGCACCAGACAACACCAAAUGUGGGGCCCUAUUCCUCUCCAACUGAGCCUCUGCGACCAUGGUUUCCCCUUCUGUUCUCCUCAUCCCCUUUCCCAUUCCGGACCACAUUCUCUGACCUUAAAACAGCUCCUCUUCGCUCUCAAUGUAAGAAAACCUACACUCAUUUACUUGGAGCAUCUCUACAACUCUUGAAUGACCCCAUGUAAAAAUUCUGAAGAAACCAUGAACCUCAUUCAGCUCUUGUUCCCAAACUCAGUCAAGGGUUUUGCUUGGUUGUUUGAGACAGGGUCUUACUCUGUAUUCGGGGAUAGCCAGAUUCUUGGCUAUCCUCCUGCCUUAGCCUCCUCAGUACAGGGAUUGCAGGUGAGUGAGACACUUAGCCCUGGCAAGACCAUUUCUUGGUGUGCUUUGCCUUUGGAUGCUUCAAACCAACUUAAUCGGUAAUCCUUAGGUAGAUCGAAGCAAUUGUGGGGCCUUCUAUAUAGAAAGUGGAACCUGAAGACCAGAAAAGGGAAUAUGAAUGUAUAGUCAGGUCACUCAGGAACUUAACGCCGGUGCAAGAAACUUAUGUCAAAGUGGCCACAAGAUUGUUACUAGGAGACGGACGAAUGUAACUCCAUGUUUACUGCUAGAAACCAAAGCUUUGUGAGAAAUCUUGAAUUUAUGGGGAGGGGGGAGGUAGGGUGGGAAAGUGUGUUUUUAUCUGUCCUUUCCCUGAUCCCUUCUCUUUCCUGAACUGCAGGAGACUAAGCCCCCUUGGGCUUUGGUGACCCCACCACUGGGGUGUUUAUUUCAUGGUGGAUUUUAUUGUACCUGGGUACUAAUAUUCCUAUCAU